AUGCUAAAAAUAGUAGCUAAACUUGGAACUGCAUGCUCAAACAACAUCAGUUAUCUUCACUACUGGACAGAAGUGGACGAGUUUCACAUAUUCCGCAAUUUGAAGGAGAGUAACAUGAUUGGAUCCAGAGGGGCUAGGAAAGUUUCCAAGGUCAUAUUGAAGAACGGCUUAUUUGACCAUUUGCACAGUGGUCAAAGGCCACAGAUGGCUCUGCAAUGGCCGAAGCGUUAUCAGAUCGCUCUUGGUGUAGCUCGAGUCCUUUGUUAUAUGCAUCACAAUUUCUCCCCUCCAAAAUUGCACAAAGAUGUGAAAUCCAGCAACAUCUUGCUAGACAGAGAUUUGGGAGCUAAGAUUGCAGACUUUGGCGUAUCCAGAGAGCUUCACAAGCUUGGUGACAAGUAUACAUUGUCUGGUUAUGUAGGAUCCCACGGAAAUAUAGCCCCAGAGUAUGCGGAAACUAGGCUAAAGGUGAACAAGAAAAGUAACGUCUAUAGCUUUGGAGUGGUGGUGUUAGAGCUGGUGAGUGGUAAGAAAGCUACGGGUGAUGAGAAGUAUGGAGAGGACGCCGACAUCGUGAGUUGGAUACGCAACACAAUUCGAAUGGGCAGGGAAGAGAUGGAAGUGCUCGAUGAACACGCUGUGAAAAGGACAAUUGCGUAG